GCACAGGCGCCGCCGCCGCCGCCGCCGGUACCGUGCGCGGCGGCGGGGCGAAGCCCGGAACCAGGUGCGAAAAGCGCGGCACCCCCAUCGUGCUCGGCACCCCGAAAGUGGCAGCCCUCGCCGCGGGCACCACGGCUGCGACUCGUCCACCACCUACCCCGCCGCGUCGCUUGCCCACUGCCACCACCUUCCCGAGCUCUCGUUCUCGUUGCUCUGCUUUCGACUUUCCAACGGGAGGACGCCGCGGCGCUUGCUAUUCGCGUCUCCUCUCCGACCUUUCCUCCCUUUCACACGCCCUGGUAAAACCCGGAGGAGCACGACUGCCUUCCCGGCCCAUGCCGUGCCGGCUCGGCCUCUAUAAAUACACACCACCACCGGUCGCUCCUCCCGUAUCUGUCCUGUCCUGUCCCGUUCUGUGCCCGCAGGUAGCUAAGAGGAGGAGGAGGAUCCAGAGCGCGUGAGCGUGACGCGUCGCUGUGUCCUUCCGGUGCCGUAGAGCAUGUCGUCGUCGGAGAUGGAGACGGCGGGCGGCGGCGUGGAGGACGCGUACGGCGAGGACAGGGCCACCGAGGAGCAGCUCGUCACGCCGUGGGCGUUCUCCGUCGCCAGCGGCUACACUCUGCUGAGGGAUCCCCGCCACAACAAGGGCCUGGCAUUCUCCGAGGCGGAGCGCGACGCGCACUACCUGCGCGGCCUUCUCCCCCCGGCCAUGGCGUCCCAGGAGCUCCAGGAGAAGAAGCUCAUGCACAACCUUCGCCAGUACACGGUCCCUCUGCACCGGUACGUCGCCAUGAUGGAUCUUCAGGAGAGGAACGAGAGGCUCUUCUACAAGCUCCUGAUCGACAACGUGGAGGAGCUGCUCCCCGUAGUCUACACGCCCACCGUCGGCGAGGCGUGCCAGAAGUACGGCAGCAUCUAUAGGCGCCCCCAGGGCUUGUACAUCAGCCUCAAGGACAAGGGCAAGAUCCUAGAGGUGCUCAAGAACUGGCCUGAGAGGAGCAUUCAGGUUAUCGUUGUCACCGACGGCGAGCGCAUUCUGGGCCUCGGAGAUCUGGGUUGUCAGGGGAUGGGAAUUCCUGUUGGCAAACUGUCUCUGUACACCGCCCUCGGAGGCGUUCGCCCAUCAGCUUGCCUGCCGAUCACAAUUGAUGUUGGCACGAACAAUGAGACCUUGCUCAACGACGAAUUCUACAUCGGGCUCCGGCAAAGACGUGCUACCGGCGAGGAAUACCAUGAGCUUCUUGAAGAGUUCAUGACCGCUGUUAAGCAGAAUUAUGGUGAGAAGGUCCUCAUCCAGUUUGAAGACUUUGCGAACCACAAUGCUUUUGACUUGCUUGCAAAGUACAACAAGAGCCAUCUCGUCUUCAACGACGAUAUCCAGGGAACAGCGUCUGUGGUCCUCGCAGGCCUCCUAGCAGCGCUCAAGGUGGUCGGUGGGACUCUUGCAGACCACACUUACCUGUUCCUUGGCGCCGGUGAGGCUGGAACUGGGAUUGCAGAUCUCAUUGCUCUUGAGAUGUCGAAACAGACCGAUGCUCCGAUCGACGAGUGCCGCAAGAAGAUCUGGCUCGUCGACUCCAAGGGGCUGAUCGUUGAAUCGAGGAAGGAGUCGCUCCAGCACUUCAAGAAGCCGUGGGCGCACGAGCACGAGCCCCUCAAGACCCUGCUGGAGGCCGUGGAGUCCAUCAAGCCGACCGUGCUGAUCGGCACCUCCGGCGUCGGGCGGACCUUCACCAAGGAAGUCAUCCAGGCCAUGGCGUCGUUCAACGAGAAACCGGUCAUCUUCUCGCUGUCGAACCCGACGUCGCACUCGGAGUGCACGGCGGAGGAGGCGUACACGUGGACCCAGGGGCGCGCGGUGUUCGCCAGCGGCAGCCCGUUCGACCCCGUCGAGUACGAGGGAAAGGUCUACGUGCCUGGCCAGUCGAACAACGCCUACAUCUUCCCGGGGUUCGGCCUCGGCGUGGUCAUCUCCGGCGCCAUCCGCGUCCACGACGACAUGCUGCUGGCCGCGUCGGAGGCGCUGGCGGAGCAGGUGAGCGAUGAGCACUUCGGCAAGGGGCUCAUCUUCCCGCCCUUCACCAACAUCCGCCGCAUCUCGGCGCGCAUCGCCGCCAAGGUGGCCGACAAGGCCUACGAGCUCGGCCUGGCCAGCCGCCUGCCGCGCCCCGACGACCUCGUCAAGUACGCCGAGAGCUGCAUGUACACCCCCGCCUACCGCAGCUACCGGUGAUGACCGCCGGCCGAGGACGACGCCAUUUUUGCUGUAUCGUCGUCGAGUGAGUGAAUAAAAAAAGUUCAGCUGAAGCUUGUUACUGCUGCUAGAUGAGUUGUUUUGUAUACUUUUGUGUAUCCGUAUACGACGUUUACCACACAUGUACGCGCCGGUCAUGUUUAUUUUGUUACAUUUGUGGUGUUUUAUUUAAAUCACAGGAGCACCUGAUCGAGGAUUCUUCUAA